AUGGAAGAGGACGACGACGAGUACCUCUGGACAUCCGUAUCCAGUAACGCUGGCCUGAAAGUCAAGUGCGAGUACAGGCUCUGCGUGCAGUUCGAGUUCGGCACGGGGAGCAAGCAUAUCUUUGUCCCCGUCGUGAUUGGCAGCGUCGGCGAGCCCCGCGAUGCCGUCCGGCAGUACGAGUGGUCCGAGCUUUACUUUCCCCCGACCUCCCAAUCCUCUCCCACAUUAACAACACAUAACCAUCAACACGCACACGAACAAACCCCCACGAGGCGAAGGGCUGGAAACGGCUCCCUCCAUCUCGUGGGCGACGGCGAGCACGAGCAUGAGCCCUCGCCCAUCCUCAUCUGGGGCACCGAGGAGGGAUCAGAGGACGGCUGGCUCGUCCCCCCUCCGUCGUACGGCGAGGCACUGGAUGUCGUCCCGUACGUCUACGACCCGACUGUAUAA